UGCGAGAGCCCAGAAAGGUCAGGGGUCAACUUCAGAGAUUUGGCGCCAAAAUCGCAGUGUCUGAGAUAUUUGCCCAGUUUUUUGACCGAUAAAACCCCACAGAAACCAUGACGACCGGAGGGGAACAUCGCAACCUGCCCUGGGUUGAGAAGUACCGACCCAAGGAGAUGACAGAACUAAUCUCUCAUCAGGACAUCAUCAGUACAAUCCAGCGUUUCCUAGACGAGGACCGCCUGCCCCACCUGCUGUUCUACGGCCCGCCGGGGACCGGCAAGACCUCCACCAUCCUGGCCUGCGCGCGCCGCCUGUACGCCGACCGGGAGUUCAACUCCAUGGUGCUGGAGCUGAAUGCGUCGGACGACAGAGGAAUCGGGAUAGUGAGGGGACCAGUUCUGCAGUUUGCCAGCACAAGGACAAUCUUUAAACGCGGGUUUAAGUUGGUGAUUCUGGACGAAGCUGACGCGAUGACGGGCGACGCACAAAACGCUCUGCGGAGAGUUAUGGAGAAGUUCACAGAGAACACCAGGUUCUGUCUGAUCUGUAACUACCUGUCUAAGAUCAUCCCUGCCAUCCAGUCCAGGUGCACCAGGUUCAGGUUCGGCCCACUGGGUGUGGAUCAGAUGCUGCCACGUCUGGACCAUGUUAUAGAGAUGGAGAAAGUUGAGGUGACAGAAGACGGGAAGAAAGCAAUCCUUCAGCUGGCCAACGGAGACAUGAGGAGGGUCUUGAACAUCCUUCAGAGCACGUCGAUGGCGCAUGACGUGGUGAACGAGGACAAUGUUUACCUGGUGACGGGACAGCCUCUCCGCUCUGACAUCGCUAACAUCGUCAACUGGAUGCUAAACGAGGACUUCACCACUGCCUACAACAACAUUUUCCAGUUAAAGACACUGAAAGGCCUGGCACUACAAGACAUCCUGACGGAGGUUCAUCUGUUUGUGCACAGAAUUGACUUCCCCAUGGCCGUGAAGAUGGUUCUGUUAGACAAGAUGGCGGACGCAGAGUACCGUUUGGCGGCGGGAACCAACGAGAAACUUCAGCUGAGUGCUGUCAUCGCUGCUUUCCAGGUGGUGAGGAACGUGGCAGCACAGGCUUAAACAACAAUUACACAACAGCAACACAACAACCACACAACUUCAACCCAACAGCCACACAACUUCAACCCAACAGCCACACAACUUCAACCCAACAACAGGCGUGAAAUCUGCAGCAUUCCGAGUCCACUACCAGUAGUUAUACUGAACACGGGAAAAAAAACUUUCCUAAUGACUAAUGUACUUUUAAAAAAAUGUAUAUAUUAGCUAUAGGACAUUGCACACAUUACAUUUGGAAAGAUUUGGAAGGGGGGUGACCAGCCAUCUAAAAGGCAACAUUGUGUGUUGAAAAAUAGU